ACAAGAAACAAAUCCACCUUCCCCUGUACAUCUACAAAGGGGGCUGCUACCGUGCGCACGGUGCGCAGAGGACGAAAGAAAGAAAAGAAGGGUAAAGGAGAAGGAGACGGUGCGCAUUAUUAUUAGCCAACCCACCAUAGUCGGACCAGGAGCUUUGUUAGAGAGAGAUAGUGUUUGGAUUUGAUUGUAUUGGAGUUCUCAUUGAUUAGAUAAAAAAGAAAAUGGCUGCUCCACCGGCAAGGGCUAGAGCCGAUUACGAUUACCUCAUAAAGCUUCUGCUCAUCGGCGACAGCGGUGUUGGUAAGAGUUGCCUUCUUUUGCGUUUCUCAGAUGGUUCCUUCACCACUAGUUUCAUAACUACCAUUGGCAUUGAUUUCAAGAUAAGGACCAUUGAGCUUGAUGGAAAACGAAUUAAGCUCCAAAUUUGGGAUACAGCUGGUCAGGAGAGGUUCCGUACAAUCACUACUGCUUACUAUCGUGGAGCCAUGGGAAUUUUGCUGGUCUAUGAUGUAACCGAUGAAUCAUCUUUCAAUAACAUAAGGAAUUGGAUUCGCAACAUUGAACAGCAUGCAUCAGAUAACGUUAACAAAAUACUUGUAGGGAACAAGGCUGACAUGGAUGAAAGCAAACGGGCUGUGCCUACCUCCAAGGGCCAAGCACUUGCUGAUGAAUAUGGGAUCAAGUUCUUUGAAACGAGUGCAAAGACUAAUCUUAAUGUGGAGCAAGUUUUCUUUUCAAUAGCAAGAGACAUAAAGCAACGGCUUGCAGACACCGACACUAGGGCUGAGCCUACCACAAUCAAGAUCAACCCUGACCAGGGAGCCGGGGCCGGUCAAGCUGCACAAAGAUCAGCUUGCUGCGGUUCUUAAGUUGAUUACAUUGUGAUCGGAGGUGGGCAUAUUGGUGACUUACAAAUGUUUGGAAAGACAAAAAACUAAUUGUACGACAAUACGAUAUGAUGCUGCUUGUAAUCUUCUUUUUUUUUUUCGUGUCAUUCUUUCGAAGCUUAGUGUGUGAAAGGUAGUUUCUUAAGGUUUCAGAAUUUUUUUUUUUUUUUUUUUGGUUGUUUUUACUUUCUUUUUGUGGUAAAGAAUUGACGUGUAACCUGUGGCAGGCACAUUUUUUUACUGCCCAUUCUCCUUCCUAUGCUUGUGACUUCCCUUA